AUGGACCGAUCAAGUGACGCGGCGGCGGUGCUGGAUGUGCGCAAACACCCGACAGCCCAGAAACUCGUCCAACGCUGUUGCGACCUCUUGGCUGCCGUGCAAGACUGGACGCCGGGGAGGGACCUCGAAGAACGGCUGAACAGGGACUUUGGACCGGGAAACGCGCUCUACGAAGACUUGUGCACUUACAUCCGGCAGGGCCUCGCGGAGGGCUGGGUGGCCGAGACGGAAAUCUCGGGCCCCAACUACAAGCGAGGCAAGAUUGCGCUUCCCUCUGCCGAGACUCGCUACUUCAGCAUCACCGCGGUGUACAUGAACAGCCGGGAGGAGUUCAAGGGCCAGUACCACAGCCACCCGUACGGGGAGGUCAACUGCGUGGUGCAGAUUGACGGCGCGGCAGAGCUCAUGGGGAUGCAGAGCUGGCAGGGCGCCGGCUGGACUUCGCCCGGGCCGGGGACGCAUCACUAUCCGCAGGUGAGAGGCGGUGCGCUGGUGGCAUUGUUCUUCUUGCCUGCCGGCAGGAUUUCGUACAAUGCCUCGCCGGAUAUGCCGCAGCCUCCGAGUGUCUAG